ACGAUUCCAAUUGUCGGCUUGCCGGGGAUACCACGUGACUCGAAAUGGCGACGUGCAGCGUUAAGUUGGAAGAGUGCGAAGUCUGUGGAGGAAGCAGUGCGAAGUACACGUGUCCUAAAUGUGAGGUUAGAACAUGCUGUCUGGACUGCGUAAAGAUACACAAGAAAGAAUUGGAUUGUGAUGGAAUACGCGACAAGACUAAAUUCGUACCUCUGAAAGCAUUCACAGAUCUCGACGUAUUGAGCGAUUAUCGAUUACUUGAGGAGGUCGGUAGAUCUGUAGAUUCAUUUCAGAGAGAUCCUUCCAAGAGAUAUACAAGACUAGGUAAUCUGCCAGUGCAUUUGCAUAAAUUGAAGACAGCUGUCCAUCACAGGAAUACAAAAUUGGAAUUCUUACCUCAAAACUUUAGCAGACAUAAAAUCAAUACAACAUAUUAUAAAUGGAAAACAAAUGAAUUAUUUUGGAGAAUUGAAUGGAUUUUUCCGCAAGCAGAGAAUAUGAAGCAUGAUGAUAAUCGUGUCCUGGAAACGGAGAGAUUAUCUACGAUACUAGGUAGAGUUUUAGAUCCUUUGACAGUAGAAACCGAAGGAAAUGAGAGUAUCGAAGUGAUAAAUUUGAAGAUAGCGUACAGAGAAAAAUUACAGUAUUACCGAGCAGCUGGUCUUAGCAAUAUCAAAGUUCUUCUAAAAGCUGAGAAAGUGAAGAGAUGUGAUUCAAGGUUUCACGAGCUGGACCUAACUGAAACACUGAAAGAAAAUCUCGAAAAGAAAACUAUCAUAGAAUUUCCGGUUUUCUAUGUGAUACUAAAAGAUCAUUCAGAUAUGUACGAUAUUGUAGACACUGAUGAAGAAGAAGAGACAACAGAGGCUGAACAUACAAGAGGAAACCUCAAAAGAAAACAUACGAAUAAUCAGAGAGUUAAAAAGAAGAAUGAAGGAGUUCCAGUAAACUUUUUCUUUGACAAUGAUUUAACGGAUUCAGAAAAUGAAAAUAUGGAAAUGGUUUAAGAAAAUGAAACGUGCUCAAAUUUGCAAAAUCGUUAGAAGGUUAUCAUAUUACUGAGAUAACUUAGGGUUUUAAAG